GAAAAAGUUUAGCUGGAAGAAGUUGUUCCAAAAUGUAGGUAGUUAAUGUUUCAAUGUGGAAAACCUUUCAAAGGGAAAACAUUGGAAAUUGGAAAGAGAAGAUAUCAUCGCAAAGAGCCAGAAGCGAAGGUUACUUUUUCUUCGAGAUGAUUUGUUAACGUUAGCUAGAUGUUGUUGGAGAUAUGCUAACACUCAACGUUAGUUUUCCUACAGUUUCAUGAGAAAUGACAGAGCAGGACCUGACACCGGGAUGCAGCACUGAUGUGUUGGUCAGUUUCAUUGAGUCGCUGCACAUAUACACAGGACUAUUAACAGUGGCUACAGUAUGUGGAGGGCUUUCUGGAAUAUUAGCUGCUGCUCUUUUAUACGUCUUCUGUCUGAAGCCUUUGCUGUUGACGAGACAAGGUUACAAUGCGAGGCGGCUGCUUGAACCUGAUGAUGGGGAAUUGGAAAACAACCAAAGUGACUGUGUCAGCAACAGCAGAAAGGAGGCUGCAAGUGGCACCACACAUGAUAAAGAGAAGAAGCAGCAGCCAGCCGUGAACAGUGAUGUGGCUGCAUUUGCAUCCAGAGCAAAAGUGGUUUAUCCCAUCAACCAAAAAUACAGACCUUUAGCAGAUGGAGCAUCCAAUCCAUCCUUACAUGAGCACUCCAAGUUGCCAGCUAUGCCAAACGAUGAGUCAUCCUCCUCCACCGAUGGAGAGUCUCUGAGCCAAGAGCAGGACAAUGAUGACAGCAGUCAGUUUAUCUCAUCCUCACUGGUCCCCAAGAGCCUGCAGAACCAGAGCUUCACCAGGGUCUCUCACUACCCUCGCACACUGACACAGCCAGAUUUUGAAGGCAGGAUCAGCCUUUACUGUCUGGCCCUGCAAGAUAUACAGCAACAUUGUUCCCAGCUUCAGGAAGAAAAGUGUAUGAUGUUUCUUCAAAUGGUGAAAAUAAUAUUCAGCAGCCGUUUUCCGAAGGACAAAAAUGAUGCUGACUUCUCAAAGAAUAUUCUUCAAAUGCAAGAAAAGGAACUGAAUGAGCUUAAGGAACAGUUGCCAACUGGCCACACUGCCAGCGAGAAAAAUGAUGAUGCUCCCUGUACUUUGGAGGAAAUUGAAAGAGCCCAAAAGGAUCUUCUUGAACAUGGACUUCAAAUGUCUCGACGUUUCAGCAAACAGGUUGAGGACUUGUGCCAGCAUCUGCUAAAGAAGACCAGCGUUCUUUCCACAGAUGAAGCCCAGGAUGUGAUCCUCUCUGUCAUCCAGACACUUCUCUUAGUAGAAAAACACCUGAUGACCAUACAAGAAGCUGAUCUAAAGAGGAUCCAGCAGAAGUUGUUGUGGUGGGAGGAGCUGACAGGGCUUCUUCAAUCCCAACCUGCAUUGCUAAAGCGUGAAGUGUCUCUGAGGCAGUGUUUGAUAGCAACAACACUGGAGCAGCUGACGAGUGAUGACGUCUUGACCUUUAGCCACAUGGAAAAGAUCCUUUCAGACGUUCAGGCGACUCUGAGCGAAGGCCUUCAACAGUGCACUGAGGAGUGCACGAGGAAGACAAAGGAGCUGGUGAAUGACAAGUGCAGCAGAAUGGAGUCCAAGAGGAAGAAGCUUUUAAGGAGCCAGACCAAGGAGAAGAGCCGUGUCCUGGAACUGAAGCAGCCUCAUGGUGACCUACAGCAGCUCACCAAGGUGUACCAGGAGCUGCUGAUGAAACACAGGCAGCAGAUUUCUGAUUUGGAGCAGCAGCAGGACAACAGGGUGGCUGAAGCUCUCUGUGACCAUUGGAAGAAACUCCGUACCUCGUGGUCAAAGAGGCUUGGAGAGCUAGCGAAGGACGUCUUUGUCACCUCUGUCUCUGCCCAGUCAAAGGUCUCUGCUGAGCGCUGUGAGAAGCUAUGGUUGGAUCUGGAGCAGGAGAUGAUUGCACAGCUGCAGCAGGCAGAGUGCACCAUCAGGCUGCAACUGGAGGAGAUGAGGACUCAGCUGGAUAAAGAUGGACAGGUGUGGAGUGAGGAGACGGCUCUGGUGCAGGCCUGUCUCAAACAUCUGAGUGAAGAACAGAUGACAAUCCUCCGACAUAUGGUGGCUAGACAGAGCUACACGCUCGACUGCUACGUUGGGAGGCUGAUAGAGAGGAAACAUGAGCACCUGUUGGUGGCGGUGCAGAGGUACUUUGUGGUCAGGCACUUCUGUCUGCACAUGCUGAAGGAGAUGAGGCUGUCCAAGCUGAAGGCACUCUCUCAGACUGAUUUCAGAGCUGUGCUAAUGGAACAUCCCAGUAAAAGUCAGACCUGUGUUAAUUCAACUCUCAAGAAUAGCAGUGCCAGCCUAGCAGAGAGACAUCUGGGUCCAGAGAGUCAGCUGGUGGGCCACAGCUUCCAGCAAGAGUUCUUGUCUGAACUGGAGACGGGGACGGAGCUCCUUCAGAGCCACGCACAGCUGGUGCUAGGUAACACCCUCAGCCACGCCAUCCAACAGAUCAUGGAGACCCCGUCCACUGAGUCACAGGCCUCUCCUCAACCGGAAGAUGGCUUAAAGCACCACCUGACUGAGGCUGCCUCUGAGAGUGUGUAUGUGACCAAAGAUUCUCUCACCGCACUGGUCCAAAGCUACUAUUCCCACCUACAGGACAUCAUCAGAAAAUUACAGGACGAUCAUUCAAAUAUAAACCAGGAGGUUAAAGAGCAACAAGAGAGCAGCAGUCAGCUGAGCAGGUCGUUGCUGAGGGAGCUGAUGAACUGGGGCAAGAAACCCACUUCUGCAGAGUUUCAACAGAGGGUUGAGCUCUACAAAAGGAAGGUGUUAGAGCAGUGUGAUCUGGACCAGGAAAUGAUAUAUGAAGAACUGCGACGGAAGAAAAUAGCCCAGGAUCAGAACAUGGAAAGGAUCAAAGCACAGCUGCUGGAGGCAGAAGAAAGAUUCAUAACUGAGCUGGCAGCCUUGGCCCGGGUCUCUCUUCACAGUCCAGACCCAGAACCUAGCGGUGAAGAGGACAACGCUGGUAAUGAGAGUGUUAAUAUACUGGACCUGCUGUCCCUGAACCCAGCAUUAGAUCCAGCCUUGAAUCCUUCACUCACCCCAACGAUUGUAGCUCCGACGGUGAAUUCAAAACCAAAGAAGAAAAGAGAACGGGAAUCUCAUCUCAGCUAAAACCUUAACACGGUGAUGUUUACAUGUUUACACAGUAAUGUCCUGUAAAAAAAAGUUUUUUAUAGCUGGUGCCCUAUGAAGUGGUUGUUGCUACUACUGUCUGUUUGUACCAAUUUUGUUUUUAUAAUAACAAUAAUAAUAAUAACUUGUAUAGCUCAAAGUUACAAAGUGCUAGUGCCUCAUGUUUGUUUGCAUCAAACAAGAGGGAUCCUGCAUUAAUUUGUGUAGAAAUGGACUGUCCAGUCUGGUAUUAAACGUUUCUAGAAGUGAGCUUGAAGUAGGUUACUGAAAUGCUGCAAUAAUGACAUGAACCAACAAUACAUUUUUCAUCAUUUCCUCUAUAUUUUUAUAAAUGCCAUGUACAAUCAAAUAAUGCAAUAAAACAGCAAUCUU